AAAUAAUUUGGUGGUAAAAACAAGUUAUGAGGAUCCUUUCUCUUUCCAUAUGGAACAAGGAGGCAGAGAAAGGAGUGGAGCUCAUGUCCAUCGUUGAUGUUACACAGUUUGGAUACUUUCAGAGGAGUUCUGUGACUGAGUUUCUUAAAUUUACUGCACAGUUCAUGGCUGAUCGGACUGCCCCUGGGGAGCGCAAAAGUGUAAAAGAAAAGGAAUACAUUUGUCAUACUUUGGUUAAGUCAGAUAAAAUAGGAGGUGUGCUCAUUUGUGACGAAGAAUAUCCUCAACGGGUGGCAUAUACCUUUAUUUUAAAAUCAUUGGACGAUUUUUUAAAGCAACAGCCGAAAUCCACGUGGCGAGGUGUACCAUUUCCUGAGCUUCCCGCGAUCAAACAGCAAUUUGAUCUGUUUCAAGAUCCUAGACAGGCUGAUAGCAUUACUCAGAUUCAGGGUGAUCUAGAUGAAACCAAAGUUAUACUUUACAACACUAUUGAACAAGUUUUAGAAAGGGGUGAAAAAUUAGACGAUAUAGUGGCAAAAUCAGAGAAUCUUAGCCUCACAUCAAAGCAAUUUUAUAAAACAGCUAAAUCAACAAAUUCUUGUUGCACCAUCUUGUAAUUUGUUUAUAAUUUAGCUGUGCCCUGUUGCUUGCAAAUUGUGUGUAUACCUAAAUUAGUUGAUAAAUAGUCAAACGAUGCUUAUGUAAAUGUGCUUCUGUUUCAAAAUGCUGUUUCAAAAUGCUGUUUCAAAUAAAACCGUCCAGAUGUAAAAUUAAACCUUUUUUUACUUCCUUGUUAUAAAAUUUCUUAGGGACAAUUGACUCCGAUUUUCCAGUCAUGUUGCACUCAAAUUAAGGCUUUAACUUUUGCCAUAGAUAUCUGGCUCUUGAUGGAAAUUGCAUACAUUAACAUUUAACAAACAGCUCAUAUCUGCUUAUUUUUCUUAAAUUAGAAGGAUCCAUAAUUUUUACCACUCUUUGAUGUAUAUGUGUAUAGAAUUAUGUUUUGUCAUGAUGAUGAAAUCAUAAUUUUCUCAAAGCUAUUUAUAGUAAAGCCUAUAACAUUUUCUUUGUAACAUUAAGUUCACAUAUUCUAUGAUUUCCUUUAUGUUGCUUCUACACACAUGUGAUUAUAUAAUAGAUUAAUUGUAGUUAUAAAAUUAUACGAAUUUGGGUAUUAAAUUAAUUUGGAAUGCUAAUUAAGAUUGAGGAUUGAUUUCAUCUUCAUACUUAAAAUACUUCAUCAUAGUCUUGAACUUAACUAUUUUUCAUUAUUAAAAAAUUAAGAAUAGAUUAUGAGUGGUUGCGGGUUCAACCUCUCUUUUUGUUUCGGAAUCGGUUGCACUCAACAACCUUAGCAUCAUAUUUAAAAAAUAUUUAUUUCUACUGAAUCCAGAAUGGAAUUGAAUUUUUUGGUAUUUUUUUCUACUGGAACGCUUGUGUUAAAAAUUGUUACAAGUCCAUUUUGGUCAAAGACACAGCCGUUUUAUGAUUUGUAGAUGUAUGCAAAUGUUUAAUUUUGACUAGAUCAAUCUGUUGCAAUGCAAAA